CAACCUUCAUUUCACAACAACCAGUCAUUUCUCAAGAAGGUUGAUGAACUCCUGCAUGGAGCCGCCUGGAGCUGUAAGAAAAUUAGCAUUCAAGGAAAUAGAAAAGACAAAAAAGGCGAACCGUUGCAUGAAGAUGUCGAAAUUUGGAUGCGCAAUCCUGUGGAG